UAGCGGAUGGUGCGCGAUCUGGCAACCCUGCGGGACGAACUCUUGCGCGUCACUGCUGCAGAGCGCAGCGGCGUGACGUCAACGCACCGGAGCGCGCACGGGCUUCGGCUCCACGGGAGGAAAAUACCGGGAGGACAGAGCGACAGAGGUUUGAAUGCAAAGGAUGUGUAAGAAAAUACAUCAAAAGCAACCAGGACCCAAACUAUAAGAGUGUAUCAUCAGCAUUGUGUCAAAAAUCCGAAGGUAAAAUGUGUUUUUCCAGCAUGUGGUUGAACUCCAGUAUCCUCCAUGAACCUAAGAUGAGUAGAGGUCUCUGGUGCCCAGCCUGUUCAAGGCGGCGCCCAGUGGCCUGAACUUGGCAUGGCCUCUCUGGACCUGCCGUAUCGCUGCCCUCGCUGCGGGGAGCACAAACGUUUCCGGAGCCUGUCAUCACUGCGUGCACACCUGGAGUACAAUCACACCUACGAGACUCUGUACGUGCUUUCCAAGUCCAACAGCGUAUGUGACGCUACCGCCCUGCUCCCUCUGGUGGCCGACAGCGCCCUGGCUGCCGAAUCCCGCUUCCCUUGCUCGGGUGAUGAACUCGGACUUGCCACAACAUCAUCCGCCGGCGCCCGCUACCUUCCCAAUGUGGAGUUCCCACUGGGAGAAAUCCUGGUGAAGAAAGCCAUGAGCUCAAUAGACCCCAGUGCCAUGGAAGCUGCUUACGAGGAAGGCCUGGCACGCCUUCGGGCUAGAGCCUUCGAAAGGCUGGAGCUAGACGAGAGACUGGAGAAGCUGUCAGAAGAAGUGGAGCAGAAGAUCGCAGCACGUGUGGGGCGCCUGCAGACCGAACUGGAGAGGAAGAGUUCAGAACUGGAGAAGGCCAAGAUGGAGAGUGAAAGGCUUAGUCAGGAGAAGCAGGAGCUGGAGGACAAGGCCUCAGAGCUGUCACGCCAGGUCGACGUGUCGGUGGAGAUGCUAGCCAGUCUCAAGCAAGACUUGGUCAACAAGGAGCAGGAGCUCACGCACAAACAGCAGGAGGUGGCUCAGAUCGACCAGUUCCUGCAGGACACGGCAGCACGCGAAGCCAGCGCCAAAGUGCGUCUGCAGCAGUUCAUCGAGGAGCUUCUUGAGCGAGCAGACCGAGCCGAGAAACAGCUCCAGAUCAUCAGCAGCUGUGGAACCACGCCGAACGGGAGCCUGGGUCACUGCAGCCUGCAGGCGUCCAAAUCCAACGGCCGACAGAGGAACUCCAGUAUCUCUGGCUCGAGGGGUGUGUACCAGGUCUCAGAUCGGCGCUCGUCCCCCAGCACUGGGGCGUCUGGUCGGUCGAAGUCGGUGUCCCAGGCCUCGGUGGCGGGUUACGACAGUGACAGCGUGGAGUUGCAGGCUCUGGAGGGCAGUCUGGAGGCUCAGUACUACCACGGACAGGGGCGUACCGGGGAGCCUUCGCCGUACGAGCGGCGCAACUGGGGCCUCCGCAAGCAAGCCAUCCAGAACUGGCAGCGACGGCCCUACAGGAACAGCACCGAGGGUGAGGAAGGGGACGUCUCCGACGUGGCCUCACGCACUACCGAGUCCGAGGCGGAAAUGUGGGAGCAGGAUGGGAGGACCGAGUGUCAGCAGCACUGCUCGCACCGCAGCGGGUACCGGCUGGGGACAGGACGUUCUGAGGGUUGCUACAAACCCUGCCGUCAUGACAAGACCCCGUCCAAGACCAGCGAGGUGAUCAGCCCCGAGGUCCUCAAGAUGCGGGCGGCGCUUUUCUGCAUCUUCACCUACCUGGACACUAAAACCCUGCUGAGGACGGCCGAGGUGUGUCGCGACUGGAGGUUCGUGGCGCGCCACCCUGCCGUCUGGACGAGGGUGCUGCUGGAGAAUGCUCGUAUCUCCUCCAAGUUCUUGUGCACGCUCUCUCAGUGGUGUACGCAGACCCACUCGCUGAUCCUGCAGAACCUCAAACCAAGGCAGAGAGGAAAGAAGGAGACCAAAGAGGAGUAUCUGAAGAGCACACGUGGGUGUCUGGAGGAAGGUCUGGAGGCCUUACUGAAAGCGACAGGAGGAAACCUACUCAUUUUAAAGGUGUCCCACUGUCCCAACCUGCUGACCGAUCGCUCUCUGUGGUUGGCCAGCUGCUACUGCCGAGCUCUACAGGCUGUAACGUACCGGAGUGCUACGGAUCCAGUGGGUCAGGAGGUGAUAUGGGCUCUGGGUGCUGGGUGCAGGGACAUCAUCUCCCUACAGGUGGCGCCAUUACACCCCUGCCAACAACCGGCCCGCUUUAGUAACCGGUGCUUACAGACAAUUGGACGGUGCUGGCCACACCUACGAGCCCUGGGAGUAGGCGGAGCUGGAUGCGGUAUACAGGGAUUGGCCUCUUUGGCAAGAAACUGCAUGAGGCUUCAAGUGCUGGAACUGGACCACGUCAGUGAGAUUAAUCAGGAAGUGGCUGCUGAAGUGUGUCGUGAAGGUCUGAAAGGUUUGGAGAUGUUGGUUCUCACCUCGACUCCGGUCACGCCCAAAGCUCUCCUUCACUUUAACAGUGUGUGCCGUAACCUGAAGUCCAUCGUUGUACAGAUCGGUAUUGAAGAUUACUUUGAAGACCCCAACAGCCCUGAGGCCAGAAAGCUAUUUGAUGAGAUGGUGAACAAACUUCAGGCUUUAAAGAAGAGGCCGGGGUUCUCGAAGAUCCUCCACGUGAAGGCUGACGGUCUGUGCUAACGCCAUCUUCUGCGAUACAAACUGUAUCAAAACCUUCAAAUUCUCUUUUCCGGCAACGGCUGAAUCUCUAAGUUCAGUUGCCUGGACAACAACAAAAACCAGGAAAACGUCUCACAAAAGUUUUAUUGUUGAAUAUACAAUUUAUUCUUCUGUAGCGAAUUCAGCUUUCAUGGGUUCAUCUUCGACCGAGAAUCUCACGAAGGGACUCAACGCUCGCCAGCUUCAAGAUCGCAGCGAUGGGUUCAGAACGUCGGGAUCGUUUCACCGGAUAAAUUUAGAGCACAGAGCCACAACAUAUUUUAGCCAGGGUUAAAAAGGAAAGGUCCAAGAAUACAGAGUUGAGGAACACCACACGUAUAAAAAAAAAACACACUUUAUGGAAAGCGACCUGGGAUUCAAGGGUUUGUGGUGCACAUUGGUGUGAAACAGAGAUACAAGUUAGCAUACAAGCAAGAAUGUUGCUAAGAACUCUUCAGCACAAUUAAAGUACCAGCUUCCUGCUUUACAAAAAGGAACAGAUUCGAAAUUUGACCUCUGCCCCCUAGCCAAGCGAAUAGGACGACAAGGAAAUAAUGGCAGACAAAUAGGAAAAAUGUUUGUGCAAUAUUAUAUUUCUACAAUUACCAUCAUCAUCUUCAACAUCAUCAUCAUUAUUUUUAUCAUUCAGCUCCAGAAACAUGAACCGCCUGCACCGCUAAUGUACCGAGUCUCGUAGAUGCAAUUUUUAUUUCUGUUCAGUGCGUUUCAGGAAACACGUGAACAAUUUGUAGGGUUGAGCAAUAUGGCCAAAAUACGAUACGAUACACUGCAAUACCACGUUGCUGGAGUGCAAGAUAUUUGGUAUGUUGUAUAUAAAAAAUAGGAGCUUUUUCGUAAUCAAAUUCAACUUUCACUGAAAAAAAAAGUGGAAAACGUUCAGUCUUUUGACUUUGGGUCUGAAGGUUGUGAGUUCAAAUCCCAGCCAAACCAAGCUGCCACUUCUUGGCCCCUGAGCAAGGCUCUUAAUCCUAUAUCCACUUGUAUGAAUGAGAUCAAAAUGUAAGUCGCUCUGGAUAAGGGUGUCCACCAAAUGCCACAAAUGUUAAGGUUUAAUUUUUUAAACUAGCUAGCAACAAAGCAGCCAGUCGGACUGAAUUUGAAUGAAAUUCGGAUAUAAAAUAGAUCGAAAAAAAAAAAGAACGCUUUUAUAGCCUGAAUCGGAAAUUUACUGGCUCUACCGCCAGCCAAUAGAAAAUGGGGGUGUGGCCGGGGGCGUGGCUGUCUGGCAUCUUGUUUUUCAUUUCUGAUAAAUCGAAGAUUACAUCCUGAGUGCCCCAAUUUUAUUUUUUUCAAAAAAUAAUGGCAUUUGGCAGACAUUUGACUAGAGCAACUUAUUUAUACAACCGAGUCAUUCAGAGGAGGGUUAAGGGCCUUGCUUCAGGACCCAGCAGUGGAAAAUGGGCGGAGCUGGGAUUGAACUCACGUCCUUUCAAUCCAAAACACCUCAACCACUUAAGUCUAUAUAAGUGUGUGUUACUGCUGUGGUUUCUUUUAACAGUAUUUUUCUGAUUUUUACAUUAAAAGUUCCCAAAUAAAUUUACCAGUAAACACUUGUUUAGCCUGAAAUAGUUUAACAAAUAACCUAAGUUUAGCGAAAUGUGAAUAGUGAAUUUCCCAAUGGAGUGAAGGGGUCUCGAUCUUUGCUCCAUCCUGAUUUAAAGAAUUGAGCAUUUUUUAAGCCUGUAAAUGGAUUGAGGCUUUGGAAAGGCAAGCUUUUCUAUUUACGAAGAACCAAAUUCAAUAGGUAAAUGAUUGAGAUAUGCGUACAGCUAUUUUCUGUUAGGCCGAAACAACAAAGGAGUUCAAAUAACACAAAUUUAGCUCCAUCAAUCUCAUAGCCAUAAUAAAUCAUAGUUCUUAAGUACAUUUGAAGGCAAAUACUUUACUCAAGUGAAAGUUUAAAGGGACACUUUUACUUUAAAUCAACUACAUGCUUUGUGUAUUUUGUCCACCACUUCUCAUAAUUAAUCAAUCAGAAAAGAUAUCACGGUGAACAUGCUCAAAAAGUGCCCCGUUUUAGACAAUAUUCAUUUGAAAUCGCUGUAUCGCUCAACCCUACCCAUGUCAUUUUUCAGAAACAGGAUCAGCAUUGUCUCAUUUUCAUAUCUGUCUCAUGUUCUGCCUUUAAUUAAUGCGACGUUUGGCGUCAAGUUUGGUUGGAAAACCAACAAUUUCCUUUACAUUUUUAAAAAAAAGUGAGGCAAAUCUGGACCAUGUAGGCUUAUUUUUGGUUUAAAGUGGGUUUUCCUGUCAGAAAGCUCUCAAAAAGCCCCACGAGGAACCCUUUCGCUAAGAGUGUAAAGCUGCUUAAUCAUCUCCUAUCCUUCUAUCACAUGGGAGAUGUUUUCCACCAUGGCGCUAACUCACCUUCAAGCAAACGCAAUAAAGCCGAUGCAUUUUUUUGUUGAAUUCGCAGUGCAGUAUCCAUCAGACGACAAGCAUUCUCCAGGCUUCAAUCUCCUCCAAGUGCUUUAAUCCGGGAGGAAUCGCUUCCUGUUGUGUGGUGCGGUGCAGUACUUCCUGUAGUUCCAAAUUUCAUACAAGGCUCUAGUUUUCUCCUAAAUUUAUUCUACACUGCAAGCUUGUAAGAGACGUUUUUUUUUUUCUUUAAAUCAAAGAUAGAAGGAAUCCAUUCUUGCAGGUUUAAGUGGAUGCGGGGCAGAACUCACUUAAGGCUACAUUUUCAGUUCCUGACAAUCUGUCUCCUGAAGACUUGAGCUGUACAUACAUUAUUUAUGCACAAAAACAAAGAAUUGCGUUAUGUCGAAAUCCCUAAAAAAAAGUCACAACAGAUGUCCCGGAGUUUCAUCGAGCUCCAGAGUUUUUUUUUUUUUUCAUUUACAAAGUUCUUUCUGUGGUUCCCGAGUCGGCCACUUCUAAAGAGUUGUGUUGAAUUUGCAGUAUGUUGUGUAUCAUAGAUGCUUUAUAUAUUGAAUGUGUACCAGAGUCCUAUAGAGAUGGAAAUUAUUUAAAAAAAGAGAGAGCAUAGAGUUUAUUCAAACUAUUUAUUUCUAUAAAAAAAAAAAAAAAAGAAAAUGUCUAUAUUGAUGUUUGGCAUGUUUGUGUUCAAGCAUAAUACAUCCCGUUGCCUUCGUAACUGUAGAAUAUUCUAUGUAAGAGCUUAUGCUGCUUGCUGUUUCUUCUUUUUUCUUUUUUUAAAGCGGUUUUUGCACCAUGAUAUCAAAUGGAAAAAAAAAAAUUCUAGUGUUUAUGUAUUUCAGUGUUCUAUCGAUGUCACUUUGUUUCAUGUGGAGCUUUUUCGCAAGUAUUUGACCGAUGAUGCACUUUUCUUUUUGGAUGCACUCCGAGCUCUUUAUCCGAGGUCAUGGCUGCUCGUGAUGUACGAUUCCGUUGCCUACAUGCUAAUUUUAAAGUAAAAAAAACACAAAACACUAGGGUUAGCUCCAUUACUCAAAACGCAUCGGGUGAAGUUCUCAAUGUGCGUUUCAACUGCAGGAACCUUUUCUGGGAAAAAUUAUUGUGAAACAUCUAAAAGAGCCAGGACUGAGUUUCGUUCUUGGGGCUGAGUUCAAAAUCUUUCAAGAUUCUGCUCCAGAAAGAGACUUGCUUGAGCUUUUUAGAUUCUCCAAAUCAUCAGUUUUACAUCUAGCAGACAUCCUUAUUGUUGCAAUGCUGGGAUUUGAACUCAUGACCUUCUGAUCCAGUGCUUUUCCACCAAUAUAUUAAUUCCUUUUGCCAAUAUUCAAAAUGAUACUGGAACUAGUUUUAUCUCUGAGGUGAGACGGCUCAACCAGAUACUUCAGUUCAUCCGAGAAUAUUGGAAAUGCACCAAAUCUUUUUACUUAUAACCAGCUAAACAAACUGAACAAUCAGGAACUAUUGUCAAACGCCAUGCCAAUGCUACCUGGUCUAAUCGAAUAGGAUAAAGGAACCAAAAAAAAGUUGCUAACCAGGAAGUAAAUUCUAUUGAUGGUUAUGUUUUUACUCGGGUAGUUCCAUCAUCAUCGAGCUGGUUCCAGAGCCAUGCAAAUUACCUAUAGAAAUUAUGUUAUUAAAGUUAUGUUAUUAAAGAAAAUCUAAAUUCUAAAGGAUUUUUCUAAAUCGAUUUUUGUGUAUAUAAAGAUUUUGAGGUACGAAAAUAGAACGCCAAAAUCACCGGUCCUGCUUUUUGAAUUGAAAAUGAAUGGAUUUCAGUUCUGCUGUGAGGACAGGGCCAAGGGACUUUUUGGAGCCUCAAAUGUGGCCAAUUACAACCAUGUACGGCGGAAGCUCAGUGAUUAUAGUGUUGGAAUUUUGUUCAGAAGGUUGUGAGUUCAAAUUCCAGCACCGCCAAGCUGCCACUGCAGGACCCUCAAUUAAACCAGAAAUAAUGAGGGAAAUCCAUUAAACACCACAUCACUUGCUUCUAUCAGCCACCAAAUCCCUUUUGCUGUUUAUUUGUGACAUAAUGUGUGAAAAGGGUUUAAACUUCUGAAAAGAAAACGACCAAAUUCAGGCUCUGUGAGUAGGAAUGAAUACAUGGAACCAUAAAAACACAGAUAAUGUUACAGAGUGAGGGACAAAAAUUACCCCGAACCAUCUCUCCUAUAAAGGAAACCUUCGGCAUGUCACCCAUUUAGGGUUUUGGGAGCUCAGUGGUUAAGGUUCUUGGGGCUCCUAAAGCUCUUAACCCUCAGUGCUCCAGUAUCAUGGCCAACCCUGCUUUCUGACCCGUUUCCUAACAUUACUGGAAUAUGCGAAGAAAUACUUUAUACAGCAGGAUGAAAUUCUAUUUGACAUAUUAAGCAGCUUUCUUUCUUUGGAUGUUGCUAACAGGUGUUUGGUCCACUGACUCUGAAAGGUUUCUCAUGAGUGGCUUAUCACGGAUUGAUACAGGUUCUUAGAAGAGUUCCUCAAAAGGAUUUGGGUAGAACACACACUAUGUGAGUAGGAAUGAAGAGUAGGAACCAAAGAACCCAGGAUAUUCCUGAUUAUCAACAAUGGCUUCUCAUUUGCAUUAAAAAGAUUUGCAUGUGCUUAGCCCCACCCAUUUUGUAUUGCCAACCCUGUCACUUUUUGAAAAAGUUCCAUAAAAGGUUCCUGUAUUGUAAAUCUUGGCUUUGAAUAGAUAAUUUUAUACAUUUCAUAUCUAACAUUCUAAUAAUGGACAGUUCCUUGGUCCUGAAACCAUUCCUGGUCUUACACUGGGGAUUUUACUUAUCCAGAAAACUCCUUUUCUUCAAGAAGGAACCUACAGAACGUGCAGCCUGCACCGGUGCAAGCACACAUCCGUAAAAAUCAACUACGAAGACCAUUGUAAAAAAAACCAGUUGUAGUGAUAUCUGUUUUUUAAGUGCCCGGUGUCGUGCCCUAUUAUUUUUUUCUUUUUUCUCGCUUGGCUGUUCUGUACAGACCUGUAUCCGUGAUGCCGAAGAUGAAAACGACGAGCUCUCCUUAACGCCGUCGGGACGACGCACGCCAAACGGCCGUUGACGUGGAAUAACUCGAAUGAAUUGCACAUUCCUGGACUGCUAUACACUAUUUAUACUGUACAGAUCAAUAUCAGUGUCAGGAUUUUACUUGUUCAGUUCCUGCCUUCCCCGCUUCUUCUUCUUCUUUCUCCUCUGGAUGCAGCACUGGCUAUGCCUGUAAGAUAUACGGUAUAUAUACGAUUUUGUUUUUUUGUUUUUUAAUCGAUGUUCAGCUCAGUGCCAAGGAAUAGUUUGGUGAAAAGAAAAAUUAUAAUAAUUUUCCACUUCAAAUCACAGGGAAAAAACCCUCAAAUGUUUGAAAUCGUGCUCCAAAAUCUGGAGCAUCAUUUUCAUUUAUUUAUUCUGGAGAGAGUUUACUCAAAUCUAGUUCCUUGGACCGAUGACAUGCUUACACAGUUAGUAUUCAACUAUUUGGGCAAACGUUUGUGGACACCCAAGCAUUAUAUUGGUAUGUGCUCUUUUUUUGAACAUCCCAUUCCACACCAAGUCCCAUUUGAACCUCCACUCUUCUGGGAAGAUGUUCCACUAGAUUUUGUGGAGCCACAAAGAUGUGUAGUAGGAAAGUGAGGUACUGAUGGAGGAGAGGAGGCGUGAAAAAUCCAUCACACCGGUGUUUAAUAAGGUUGGAGCUCUAUAGCAGAAGAUCUUCCUCUCCAACUCCAAACCAUGUAAAGCAUAUCUUCAUGGAGCUGGUUUGGUGGAACAAUUUUCGGCUUCCUAGUUCAAGUGAAGGUGUGCCUUCUAAGUUAAGGAAUUUGUAGAAGAACAACAUAUUGCUGGAAAAUACCAGCCGUUCUAAUAUUUUUGUCCAUAUAUUUGAGAAUUCAAGGAAAGUAUUACAAGAUGCUGCUUGAUCCCCCCCCCCAACAAAUCCACUGGACAUUGAGCAGGUUUUUAUCCCAAGUGGGAAAUAUUUGGAUUUUUUUUUUCACCAAAUGCAUCCACCCCCCCAUUUCAGACGAAUUCUCUCGAGAUCCGAACGAUGUGCCACUUUUUUUUUUUCUUGAACAGACUGAACACGGAGGGCGUCCACGUCCCUCCUCCGACGCUCCUGUACAGACCCUUCCAGUCACUGCCUGGCCUGAUUUCUGCUGAAUGACAACUCCAUCGAUCGCUUCGGCUGCUUUGCCUGCUUUUAAUCGAAGUCGCCAUCAUGUGUGAUUAUAAGGUGCAAAACGUUUACAUUUCUGGGUUUCAUGCAAUUUUAUUCGAAAAUGCAGUCAAUAAAAAAAAUUAAUCGA